AUGACCACCUCCCUGGGACCUGACGGGGCCCAGUGCUGUUCGCGGGGCUGCGCCAGCCCCAGAAGGAUGGAGUCUGCGAACUGCUUCGGGCUCAGCUGCCGCGUGCUGUCUGCAAAGCGGGACGGCCUCACCAGGGCCGUCGGGGGGAGACCGACAGAUCUCGUCCCAAGCUUUCUGAUGUCACUGAUGGCUCUCCUGGUUUUCCCCACCUUCCCUAAACAGUUUGCUCAGCCUGUAGGGCAGUGGAUCACCCUAGAAGGUUCCCCUGAGGGGAGGCUGGGCGGGCAGCGGGCUACUCUGGGCCCCUGGGCCUGGCCACUUCUGCCCUUAUUGGUGAGGAGCUUUGCUCUGUCUUUUGCAUUUUCUUGGCCAAUCUAA